ACUCUCCUGUGAAUCCUCCACUCUGGAUUCCUGCCGGUGAAGUCUUUCGUCCGUCUCCCAGUCUUUUUCCCAUCACUCUUCCCCCAAUCCCCGGGAGCCAAUGUGGGAUAUCAAUUCUCAUUAAGCAACUGCUCGAGACUUGGGGUGAUGGAGAGCACCCCUUCCAAGGGCGGACUGAACCGAGUACACCUACAAUGCCGGAACCUGCAGGAAUUUUUAGGGAGCUUGAGCCCUGGGGUCCUGGACCGAUUGUAUGGGCAUCCGGCUACCUGUCUGGCUGUAUUCAGGGAGCUCCCCCCCUUGGCUAAGAACUGGGUGAUGCGGAUGCUCUUUCUGGAACAGCCUUUGCCGCAGGCUGCUGUAGCCUUGUGGGUGAAGAAGGAAUUCAGCAAGGCACAGGAGGAAAGUACAAGCCUGCUGAGUGGCCUCCGGAUCUGGCACACCCAGCUGCUCCCGGGCGGACUCCAGGGCCUCAUCCUCAACCCCGUCUUCCGUCAGAACCUCCGAGUAGCCCUUCUGGGGGGUGGGAAGGCCUGGUCUGAUGACACAAGUCAGCUGGGACCAGACAAGCAUGCCCGGGACGUUCCCUCCCUGGACAAGUAUGCCGAGGAGCGAUGGGAGGUGGUCCUGCACUUCAUGGUGGGCUCCCCCAGUGCAGCCGUCAGCCAGGACCUGGCCCAGCUCCUCAGCCAGGCUGGGCUCAUGAAGAGUGCGGAACCUGGAGAGCCCCCUUGCAUCACCUCUGCAGGCUUCCAGUUCCUGCUGCUGGACACCCCGGCCCAGCUCUGGUACUUCAUGCUGCAGUAUCUGCAGACAGCCCAGAGCCGGGGCAUGGACCUCGUGGAGAUCCUCUCCUUCCUCUUCCAGCUGAGCUUCUCCACCCUGGGCAAAGACUACUCUGUGGAAGGUAUGAGUGAUUCCCUGUUGAACUUCCUGCAACACUUGCGAGAGUUUGGGCUCGUUUUCCAGAGGAAGAGGAAAUCUCGGCGUUACUACCCUACACGCCUGGCCAUCAAUCUCUCCUCGGGUGUCUCGGGGGCUGGGGGUACUGUGCAUCAGCCCGGCUUCAUCGUGGUGGAAACCAAUUACCGACUGUAUGCCUACACGGAGUCCGAGCUGCAGAUUGCUCUCAUAGCCCUCUUCUCGGAGAUGCUCUAUCGCUUCCCCAACAUGGUGGUGGCGCAGGUGACCCGGGAGAGCGUGCAGCAGGCCAUUGCUAGUGGCAUCACAGCCCAGCAGAUCAUCCAUUUCUUAAGGACAAGGGCCCACCCGGUGAUGCUCAAGCAGAUCCCUGUGCUGCCCCCCACCAUCACAGACCAGAUCCGGCUGUGGGAGCUGGAACGGGACAGGCUGCGAUUCACUGAGGGCUUCCUGUAUAACCAGUUCCUGUCGCAGGUGGACUUUGAGCUGUUGCUGGCCCACGCGCGCGAGCUGGGCGUGCUCGUGCACGAGAACUCAGCCAAGAGGCUCAUGGUGGUCACGCCGGCCGGGCACAACGACGUCAGGCGCUUCUGGAAGCGGCAGAAGCACAGCUCUUGAGUGGG